AUGUCGCAGUUACCAGAUGUUCGAUCAAGCGCAUCUCCGUUCUGCAAGGAUAUUUCGUCUCGGGCUGUGAUAUCAGGAAGCACAAGGCAGCAUAGGAGCUCUAGAAAUACCAGCAGCGUGACGGAGCAAUGCCCUGAAAACCGAAGACAGAUAGGUGUCAUUAGUGCUUCCUUUUUGAUCUUUAAUAGGAUCAUGGGAACAGUAUGGAUCAUGGGAAUGGUUAUUGCUAUGACUGGCACGGCAGUCUACCUUGAAUUCGGAACUACAAUCCCAAGAAACGGAGGGGAAAAAAAUUAUCUCGAGUACGUGUAUACCAAGCCGAAAUUCCUAGUCACAGCGAUGUUUGCUUCGUAUGCCCUGUUUCUAGGUUGGGCGGCAGGUAAUAGCGUUGCGUUUGGUGAAUAUGUCCUUCAUGCGGCGGACAUUGAGGUAAACCGAUGGAAUCAACGGGGCAUCGGUUUUGCAUGUAUCACCUUGGCAUUUCUCAUACAUGCAACAGCCGUCAAAUGGGGCCUACGCCUGCAAAAUCUCCUUGGCGCUUUGAAGUUCCUUGUAAUCCUCAUUAUAGUGGUUGGAGGGGCCGUGGCUCUUGGUGGCCACUUGACCAUGGAGAAACCUGAUAACUUUUCUCGACCGUUUGAAGGAAGUAUUCCAAGUGUAUAUGGGAUUGUAACGGCAUUGUACAGCGUGAUCUGGUCGUACGUUGGAUAUUCGAAUGCAAACUAUUCAUUGAGCGAGACGAGAAAUCCAGCUCGAACAUUGAAAAUCGCCGCGCCCAUAGGGGUGGGGCUUGCCAGCGUUUUGUAUAUGCUGGUCAAUGUUGCAUACUUUGCUGUUGUCCCGAAACAAGAGAUCUUGGGUUCUGGACGUAUCCUGGCCGCUUCCUUUUUUCGAAAUGUUUUUGGCCCCAAGGCAGAGAGGGUUUUAUCCAUUUUUAUAGCUUUGUGUGCCUUCGGGAAUGUUCAGUCUGUUAUAUUUUCCCAGGGAAGAAUUAUCCAAGAAUUAGGCCGGGAAGGGGUUCUGCCAUUUUCCAGGUUCUGGGCAAGCAAUAGGCCUUUCAAUUCGCCGGCCGCAGGGCUGUUCGAGCAUUAUCUUAUAUCCGCCGUUGUUAUGCUUGCUCCACCACCAGGAGACGCAUACAACUUCUUGCUCAACUUGAUUUCGUAUCCGCUCUCGGUCGUAAAUAUAUUUGUCUCGGCCGGUUUGUUGCAUAUUUAUAUGUUUCCGAAAAGCUACCCGGACUGGUCACCGACCGUGCGUGCCAACCGGCUCGUUACCAUAUUUUUCUUGCUUUCCAACGUCUUCCUAGCAGUGGCACCCUAUCUACCGCCGCCAGACAAGGAACACAAUGUCUAUGUGCAUUUGCCAUACUAUAUCCACUGCGUUGUUGGACUCGGAAUUUUUGCGGUGGGCGCUAUAUAUUGGCUAUUUUGGGCAGCAAUAUUUCCUUGGGUCAGGAAGUAUCGCCUGGUGCAACAGACAGUCAUUGCUCCGGAUGGCUGGUCGAGGCAGAUCAUAACCCGAGUUCCUAUCGGCAUGGAAGAGAAGGGGAAAGCUGGACUGGAUGGUGGUAGAAGCGGCUGGGAUGGAUGA